UAGUUGUUUGUAAUUGGACCCGAAACUCGUCUCGUCCUGUUUUGGCUUACAUUUUUUGAACGAAACCUGGAGUACUUGGAGUUUCAGUAGCCGCUCCGAGGCGCUUGUGCUAUAUUUCCUUGUGUGUGUGUGUGUGUUUUUCUUUUUGUUUGAACUCAUUUACUAACUAAACAGCUUUUAAAUAAAAUAAAGUCGUUUCGGUGUUUGGAUUCUGACGCAGGAUGGAGCGUUUUCGCGUCGGCUGGAUUCCUUGCUUGGCGUUGUUAGGUCUUUGGACAGGUUGUGCGCAGGAAUGCGGUCAGCCGCCUCUACAGACCAGAAUAGUUGGAGGAUUUGAUGCUUCUGAAGGUCACUGGCCAUGGCAAGUUGAUAUACAGAAAGAUGCAACGCAUAUAUGUGGAGGAACAAUCAUUGCUCAGACCUGGGUUCUCAGUGCAGCUCACUGUUUCCCAAAUCCUACAGCCACAUUCGAUUAUACGAUCUAUGUGGGCCGUUGGCAGCUGAAUGGAAAUAACAUGUAUAUGACGUCUCAUCGGAUCAGUCGUGUGGUGGUGCCAUAUGGCUACGUAGACCCACAGCUCGGCAGUGACAUAGCUUUGGUCGAGUUGUCCACUCCAGCCACAUGGUCUGAUCAUGUCCAACCAGUUUGCUUGCCAAAUGCAGAUGUUACAUUUCCUGCAGGAACGAUGUGUACCAUCACAGGCUGGGGAGACAUUAGAGAAGGAAUCUCUUUGCAGGGGGCGGGAACUCUGCAGCAGGUACAGGUGCCAAUUAUUGAUUAUACUGCCUGUCAGCAGAUGCUCCAGAUCCAAGCCACAGAUGAUCUUAAACUUAACCAGGACAUGCUCUGUGCUGGCUAUCAAGAAGGGGGCAAAGAUUCCUGCCAGGGUGAUUCUGGCGGACCGCUGGUGUGCCAAACAUCUGCUGGAAUCUGGCUACAGGUUGGCAUUGUGAGCUUUGGCCUAGGUUGUGCCAAGCCCAACCGGCCAGGUGUCUACACCAGAGUGUCGGCAUUUUCCAACUUAAUUCAAAACAACGUUCAGGGGAUAGAACUACGUGGUGCAGCAGAUCAUAACUGGACAGGCUGGCUUAUCAUACUCACCAGGACAAUAAUUGCACUAACUAUGGCACAGCUACUAAGAUAAUGUCAACUUAUCUCUUGCCAAGGGAUGGAUACGUUCACGAACCUCAGGUGACAUUAAAAAGAGGCGGUGCAGACUGUGAUUACUAUUUUAUAUAAUGUAUGUUGAAUUUAAUGACCUAUUUGCCUUUGCAUUCAGUGGCUACUCUGUGGAAAGUAGAUGGUCUAAUUAUAGUCAUCAGAAAUGGUGCUCAGAUUGCACAUUUAACUCUAAGCAGACAAUUAGAAAUAAAAUAUCUGUUCAAAUAAUAAAUUGAGGAAAAUGUUACGUUUUAACUGUGGGAUAGCAUGAUCAAUCUAUUUUUAUUGUUUUUUUUUUAUCUUGCGUUUUUCUCUUUGUAACUGAUUGUUGUAAAUAAAUAAU